AUGGUUCAAACCUACAAGAUUUUCGGCGCCAACAUCGGCUCGCACUACCUGGCGAUGGGCGUCCUCGGCACCAUGUUCGCUGGCUCUUAUCUGGCUUUGGGUGGCAGCAAGGCGAAGCCCGCUACUCCCCCAAUCAACGCCGCCAGCUCCGACGAAGCCGACUUCAUUAAGAACUUUAUCGACCAGGCCGAAGCGGACGAGAAGAAGAACGCGCCCGCAAAACAUUAG